UUCAAGUUUACGGUAGCUAUUGUGACGGGCGUAGUGGGAGGUGUAUCCACAUGUGUUGUGAUCGGACUGGUGGUUUAUCUGCUUGUUCAAAUGCGAAGACAAUGCGAAGACAAAGGCAAGGACUCCGACAGGCGGGCUAUGACACAGAAAAAGGUCCGGCGAUCACAAAAAAUAUCCCACCGCUUCCGGCAGCGUAUCACAGCAAAAAAGAGUUCUCCUCUUGGUCCACCGAGAGCCUUCAGCCAGUCCGUCCCGCGAUUAAGGUGAUUACCGACAUUUCGAUCGGCAAGUCUCUACCCAAGUCGCCAGGCAAACCUACGACGCCUAAGUGGAAACUGAAACGAGUACUAGUGCCGCGACUCUCGCGUCUUCCGCCUUUUCCUAUGCCGGGUCGAGCUCGCUCUCGCCUGUCCUUUUCACGAUCGAGCAGAUCGAGCAGUCGCCAGGCCACGAAAAUAGACAUAGCACCUCCGGUUCCAGUUCUUCCUUCCCCCUCGCUACCCCCUACCCCCCUACUGUCCAUACAAGUGUCGACACCAGCUGGUGUAUCUUCAACCUUUCCUUUUUUUCUCUUCGGCUUUCUCCACACCAUCAGUCGCCACUGCCUUGCGCUCGCUUCCACCUACCACACUCACCACCCCAACAUCAGUCUUCCCAGAUUCAGAUGUCCCGUCAUCAGCGGUUUCCCCACUGUACACUCUUUCGCCUGCGUUUCCAUCACCAUCAAUGUUUUCGUCACCAGUUGACACUCUGCCAUCUGUUAAAUCAGCGCCCUAUCCUAUCUUGAGAUGACGCCUUUUCUCCGGCUCCCGUCAUCGCUUAUCAUCAUGUCGCGUGGAUGCCUCGUACU